AGCCGCCGGCGUUCACGCGCCGUCGCUUCCGCCGCAGCAUCCCGGAGAACGAGGCCAUCGGCAGCUCGGUGCUGUCCGUCGCGACGGAGGGCGAGACGGACGACAUGGAGUUCUUCAUCACCAACAUUUCGGCGAAUGGCGUGCUGCAGCCGCGGCUGUUCGCGAUCGAGGAGAAGACGGGGCUGAUGAAGACGGCCGACGUGCUGGACGCGGAGCUCGGCGUGCAGGUGUUCUACAUCGACAUAGUCGCAGUCGACAAGAAGUCCCUGCACAGCGUCGGCGAUGCACAGGUGGAGAUUCAGCUGAUCGAUGUGAACGACUCUCCGCCCGUGUUUGAUCAGGACGAGUAUGCCUUCUUCGUGUCCGAAGACGCACAUGUUGACCACACCAUCGGCAAGGUCACGGCAAACGACCCCGACACGGUGGACACUGUCCACUAUCACUUCUACAAAGGGCAAAAAUCGCCGUUUAAGAUCGACCCCACGACCGGCGUCCUGCGUACUACGCAGGCGCUGGAUCGCGAGCUGGCGCCAGUCUACGAGCUGGGCGUGCGCGCGAGCGACGGCGUUCACUUUACCGACGUGACGGUGACCGUGCAUAUAGAGGACGUCAACGACAACGCUCCACACUUCGACCGCGCGGCGUUCUCAUUCGAGGUGCCAGAAAACUCCAGGAAGGGCGCCGUCGUUGCCAAGGUUACGGCGACAGACGCCGAUGAGGGAGCCAAUGGGAACGUGAGCUACGAACUGAUCUCAGACUGGGGCGGCGAUGUCUUCUCCUUCAAUUCAGACACAGGCGAAUUUACUCUCAUCGACACUCUAGAUUAUGAGCAGGACGAGCACUACAUCUUCAGCGUGCAGGCGCGCGACGCCGGUCGUCCGCGUCUGUCGUCGGCCUGCACCGUCUACAUCAACGUCGGCGACCUGAACGACAACGCGCCCGUCUUCACGCGACAGUCGUACAGCACGGACGACGUGCGCGAGGACGUAGCUACCGGCUCCAGCAUCAUCACCGUCACCGCCACCGACGCCGACUCCGGUGAGAAUGCCGAGCUGACCUACAGCAUCGUCGACGGCGACCCGAAGCGGCAGUUCGGCAUCCACGCCAACGGCACCGUCUACAACGCGGCAGCGCUCGACCGCGAGACCGACUCCUACUACAACCUCGUCGUGCGCGCCACCGACCGCGCGUCGCCACCGUCGGCGCGUCUCUCGGCGACGGCGUCCGUCACCGUCAUCCUGCGCGACGUCAACGACAUGGCGCCGGCGUUCCGCACGCCCGACUACGCGUCGGUGCGCGAGGGGGCGCCGCUCGGCACCGUCGUCAUGGUCGUCGAGGCGGAGGACGCAGACGAGGGCAAGAACAGCUACGUCGAGUACAGCCUCGCGAGCGCGCCGGGAGGCGAGUUCUCUCUCGGGCCUGUCGACGGCGUGCUGAGAGUCACGGGAAAGCUGGACAGGGAAGCCACAGAGAAUUACACUCUCGUCGUCACGGCGACCGACAAGGGCCAGCCUCCGCACUCGACCGUGCAGCGCAUCUCCGUCAAGAUCCUCGACGACAACGACAACAGUCCUGUGUUCGCUCGCUCGGAGUAUCGCGCCGUGCUGCCAGAGGACACCAGCGUCGGCACCAUCCUCCUGCAGCUGAAUGCGACCGAUCGCGACGCGGGAAACAACGGAGCAGUCAGGUACUACAUUGUGGACGGCGACGACGCCCUCGAUUUCGCACUCGACCCGCGUUCAGGCAUCCUGACCGUGCGAAACCCGCUCGACCACGAGGGCGUGCCGGCGUACCGACUCACCGUGCACGCCGAGGACCUGGGCGUGGAGCCGCGCCGCGACGUCGCCGUCGUCGUCGUCACGGUGACCGACGUCAACGACUCGCCGCCCGUCUUCCUGCACUCGCCCUACGUCGUCUACGUCCUCGAGAGCAUCGCCGAGACGCCGGCCGCCGUAACCACGGUGACGGCCGACGACGCCGACUCGCCGCCGAACGCGCAGUUGACGUACUCGCUGCAGGAGAGCCACGGCGGACUGUUCCAGAUCGACGUCGUCACGGGAGAGAUCCAGGUGACGCGGCCGCUCGACCGGGAGACGCGGGAGGAGUACUGGUUGACGGUGCUGGCGACGGAUUCCGGUGUGGAGCAGCAGCUGUCUGGCACGGGCAGGGUGAAGGUGAUAGUGCAGGAUGUCAACGACCACAGUCCCGCCUUCAGCAGCGACAGGUACCUCGCACAUGUCAAUGAAAACCAGCCGGCGGGAACCCGGGUUAUCGAGGUUCAUGCGGAAGACGCAGACGAAGGCAACAAUGGUCUCGUCAGGUAUCAGUUGUCUGACGGUGAUAGUCAGCACUUUGUGCUGGACUCUGCUACGGGACAGCUCGUCACCACCGUCGAGUUGGAUCGCGAGCGGCAGGCGACGUACGAGCUGACCGUCGUCGCGAUGGACUCGAGCGGCGCGUACACGGCGCUCACGUCGACGGCCACCGUCACCGUCGUAGUGGACGACGAGAACGACCACCGGCCGUCGUUCGCCGACGACAACCUGGUCGUCUACAUCCCGCAUCCGUCGUCGCCAGGUCAAUUUGUUGCUGGAGUGAUGGCGGAAGAUCCAGACAGCGGCCCAAACGGUCUAUUAAAAUACAGCAUGGCUGGUCCGGAUGCUGGGAAGUUUGUCCUGAAUCCAAACACGGGCGUGAUCAAGACUGCAGCAGCCCUCAGUGAGGCACGCACCAGAACUCCCUACAUCCUUGAUGUGUCCGUCUCGGACGACGGUUUGCCAUCGCUCGGGUCUAGCAUGAAGGUGCAGGUGUUCACGCGGCCUGCAGCCAGCUUCCCACGCUUCAACGCUGCCACCAGCAGAUUCACGUUCAGCGAAGACACGACUAAUGCCGUAGUUACGAAGGUGACGGCCGUCUCCCCGAAAUCGGGCGCCGCCGGCCGCCUGCGCUACCGCAUCGCGUCCGGUAACCACGGCAACGUGUUUGCGCUCGACGACGGCGGUCUGCUGCGCGUCACGCGCGGUCUCGACUACGAGACGCGGCGCGAGUACCAGCUGUGGCUGGAGGCGCGCGACGCCGCCUCGCCACCGCUGUGCGACCACGCGCUCGUCACCGUCGAGCUGACAGACGCCAACGACAACGCGCCGGCCUUCUCGCAGUACGUCUAUGAGGUGAGCGUCGCCGAGGGCCAGCGACCGCCCGCGUUCGUCGUGCGCGUCAACGCGAGCGACGCCGACGACGGCGCCAACGGCGAGAUCCUCUACCGGCUGUCGGCCGACGGCAACGUCGGCAACGCGUUCAGCAUCGACGCCGAGACGGGCGAGGUGACGGCCGAGGUGGAGCUCGACCACGAGGCGACGCCGUCGUACCGGCUGACGGUCGAGGCGACGGACCGCGGCACGCCGCCGCUGACGGGCACGGCGACGAUCGCCGUCAGCGUCGCCGACCGCAACGACAACCCGCCGCGCUUCACGCGACUCUUCAACGAGGCGGUCGCCGAGAACUCGCCGCGCGGCACCUUCAUCGUGCGCGUGACGUCGUCGGACGCCGACGACGGCGUCAACGCCAACGCCUCCUACCGGCUGACGAAGAACCCGGGCGGGCGGUUCGCGAUCGACGAGCGCGGCGGCGAGCUGACGGUCGCCGGGGCGCUGGACCGCGAGGAGCAGGAGGAGUACUCGCUGAUCGUGCUCGCCGCCGACGCGCACUGGCGCAUCGAGACCCCCAUCACCGUCACGCUCACCGACGAGAACGACAACGCGCCGGCAUUCGAGCGCGACGCCUACGCGUUCCGUGUGCCGGAGACGGCCACCGCCUUCUCCUACGUUGGGCAGGUGCGCGCGAGUGACCUUGACCGGCCCGGACCGAACUCGGACGUGCGCUACGCGCUCGCCGCCGCCUCGGACGCGUUCGCUGUCGACGCGGAGAGCGGUGACGUACUGACGCGCGCGCGCUUCCGCUACGCGAGCGGCGGCGACAACCGGCACGUGAUCACGGUCGUCGCCGCCGACAGCGGCGUGCCGCGGCUGUCGAGCUCCGUCGCCGUGACGAUCGACAUCGAGGAUGCGAACGACCACGCGCCGGUGUUCGACGCCGCAGCGUACGCUUCUCCCGUGCCGGACAACUCGCCCGUCGGCGCGUCGAUAUUAGAGGUUCAUGCUGAAGACAACGAGGACUACGGAGAGAAUGCAGUUAUAAGCUACAGUAUAGCGAGCGGUAAUGGCAGCGAUUACUUCAAGGUCGAUGUAACUACUGGAGUGGUGAGAGUUGCCAAGUCGCUGCACGACCGCACGAACGAGCAGCUGCAGCUGGACCGGUGGCGGCCACCGACCGCGGCGCAUCCUCGCGCUGACACGAACGGUCAGUUUGCGGUGGACGCGGGACACGGGGGCCGUCACGGUGGCGCGCGUGCUGGACUACGACGUCGCGGGACGGCGCGCAGCACGUCGUCAAACCGUGACCGGCGGGCGCGAACGGAGGACUCCGUUCGCGCGGGAGCCAGCGUCGCUCUCGUCGUGCGGGUCGCCGACGUCAACGACAGCCCGCCGCGCUGGCAACGCCGUCCGUCUUCUGACGCGUACGUGCGGCGGAGAACGCGCCGGCGGCCGCCGGUCGUCGGCGCGGUUCUGCGGGCCGCGCGGACACACGACAGACUCACGAGCGCCGCGACGCAACGUAUCGGAUCGCCAGGCGGCGAGGCGAGCAGACGCGGCCGCCUCUUCCGGCUGGACGCGCGCAGCGGCGAGCUGACGGCGGCGGCGACGUUCGACUACGAGGCGCGCGCCGAGUACGCGGUGGAUGUGGUGGCAAGCGACGCUGACGACGCGGCACUGUUCGACGCGGCGCGCGUGCGCGUGCACGUCGUCGGCGAGAACGAGUACCGGCCGCGCUUCGUCGUGCGCCAGUACAGCUUCCGCGUCAGCGAGAUGGCGCAGCGCGGCGCCGUCGUCGGCGUCGUCGUCGCCGCUGACGAGGACGGCGGCCGCGACGGCGUCGUGCACUACUCGCUCGUCGGGAGGAAUCGCGAUCGCGGGUUCGCGGUGCAGCGCGAGACGGGGCGCAUCGUCGUCGCGGGCCGGCUCGACCGCGAGCGCGCGUCCGAGCUGUCGCUGACCGUGCUCGCGAAGAACCCGGGAGCGAUCGGCGGCGACGACGACACGGACACGUGCGAGGUGCACGUCACCGUCGAGGACGCCAACGACCCGCCCGUGUUCGAGCCGGCGGCGUACGUGUCGCGCGUCGCCGAGGACGCCACGGUCGGCACGGUCGUGGCGCGCGUGUCGGCGUUCGACCGUGACCUGCGCAGCGACUACCAGCAGUUCUCCUACAGCAUCGUCGGCGGCGACGACGGCGGCGCGUUCGCGAUCGACGCACGCGACGGCGUCGUCACGACGGCGAGGCGGCUCAACCGCGAGACAGUGUCCGUCUACAACCUAACGGUGGCGGCCGUCGACACGGGCGCGCCGCCGCAGACGGGCACGGCGAGCGUCGUCGUCACGCUCGACGACGUCAACGACCACGCGCCGGAGUUCGCCGACGCGCCGCUGCGGGGAAGCGUCGCCGAGGGCAUGCCCGCCUACACGUCCGUCAUGACGCUGAGCGCGAGCGACCGCGACUCGCCGCAGAACGGCGCUCCGUUCGUCUACAGCCUGGCGGAUGGACCGGACACGCGCUACUUCACGCUGGAGCCUCGCAGCGGCGUGCUGCGUACGACGCGCGUGCUCGACCGCGAGACGCGAGACCGCUACUCGCUCGUCGUCACCGUCAUGGACAGCGGCGCGCCGCGCAUGACGUCGACGCACGCGCUCGAGGUGCUCGUCGCCGACGUCAACGACAGCCCGUCGUCGCCGCGCGACCUGCUCGUCGCCGUGCACGCGCUCGCCGGGCGUGCGCCGCGCGGACGCGUCGCCGACGUGUCGCCGGCCGACCCGGACCUCGUCGGCGAGUACGCGUGCGUGCUGGAGGCGGGCGACCGCGACGUGUUCGCGAUCCCUCGCGCCUGCGAGCUGCACGUGCUGCGGCCGCUACGCGCCGACGCCGUCUACACUCUCAACGUGAGCGCGUCGGACGGGGCGCACGCGCGCGUACACUCGACGGUACGCGUGCGCAGCGCCGCCUUCACGAACGCGACGCUCGAGAACAGUGUCACGCUGCGCUUCGACAACGUCACUGCCGACGCGUUCGCGGCGCGUUUCUAUGACGCGUUCGUGCGCGCGCUAGGCGGCGCGCUCGACGCGGGUCGCACGUUUGAGAUCAUCGCGAUGCAGGACAUCGGCGACGGCGCGUUAGAGCUACGGCUCGCUGUCCGCCGCGGCGACACACGCUACGUCACCGCAGCCGACGUCGUCCGCGCGAUCCUCCGCGGCCAGCAGCGCAUCGAGCGCGAAUCCGGGGUCAAGGUCGCCGAGGUCGGCCGCGACCCGUGCGCGUCGUCGCCGUGCCGUAACGGCGGGGCGUGCGCGAGUCGCGUGGUCGUGUACGACGACGUCGUGGCCGCCGACGCGCCGUCGCUCGUCUUCGUGUCGCCGCGCACGGAGCUGACGCACGCGUGCCGCUGCGCGAGCGGCUUCACGGGCGUCUCCUGCGACGCUAGGCAGGAUCACGUCUGCCCGCCGGACGCAUGCCGCAACGGCGGCAGCUGCGUGUGGCGCGGCGGCGCGGCGGCGUGCGCGUGCGUCGACGGCUACCACGGCGAGCGCUGCGAGCUCGACGUCGACGAGUGCCUGCGGGGCGGCGCGUGCGAGAACGGCGGCGUGUGCGAGAACACGUACGGCUCAUACCACUGCACCUGCCGCGAGCCGUACACGGGCGCACGCUGCGAGGCGACCAUCAGCCCCUGCGCGUCGUCGCCGUGCCGCAACGCCGGAGCCUGCGUCACCGACGACUCGGCAGCCGGCUUCUACUGCCGCUGCGCGUUCGGGUACCACGGCGCGCGCUGCGAGCAGGCGAGUUACGGCUUCCGCGCGCUCAGCUACGCCGAGUUCCCGCCGCUGGACGCGCGCGGAAACAAGAUCGCGAUCGAGUUCUCUACCCUGCGCCGCGACGCCCUGCUGCUGUACAACCACGACGGACGCGCGGGCGAGCGCUCGCUGUUCCUCGCCCUGGAGCUGCAGGAUGGACGGCCUGUGCUGUCGUACAGACUCGCAGAGGAAGUCGUGAGGGUGCGCAUCGACGUGGACGUCUCUAACGCUCGAUGGUACAGACUGACGGCUCAGCGCAGAGCGAAGUUUGCGACUCUGAGUGUUGGCGUCUGCAACUCGGAGGGUUGUGAGGAUUGCCAUGACGACGGUUGCCAGGCUUCCGGCUCCUCCGUCGGUCGAGCAUCGUCAUUGAAUCUGCGUGGUCAGCACAUGAGUGUGGGCGGUGUAAGCUCUGUGGACGGACUGGCUGAUCGACCGGGUCAGGUCCGCAGCACUGACUUCAUCGGCUGCAUUCGUUCGAUCUACGUCAACGAUAUCAGGUUGGAUCUGAGUAAGCCCCUGUCGUCACGUUUUGUCACCGAUACCUGUCCAAGAAACGAGGACAUGUGUCUCAAACGGCCCUGCGGCUCUGAAGGCAUCUGCAUAGAUGAGUGGGAUUCUCACAGCUGCCAGUGUUCUGAAGGCAUCACGAAACUCAAUUGUACCAAAGCAACGGAAGCAUUCAGUCUGUCAGCAGAUGGAUGGGUAGAGCUCAGCAUGUCUGAUACGUUCAAGCGCAGCAAGCAGAUCUCACAGCAGGUGGCAGCACAUAGCAGGCAGAGGAGGGAAGCAUUGCCUAGUGAACAGACGCUGUUGAUAAAGUUCAGAACACGGGCGAAUGACGGCAUGCUGUUUUAUGCAAAGUCAUCCUCAGAGUAUACGAUACUGCAGCUGUAUCACGGUAGAGUGCGCUACGUGUCUGCCGUGCACGGCGCGAUCGUCACAGAGCUGCUGGUGGAGGCGGGCGACAGCUCGGACGGUCGCUGGCACACGGUGACGCUCGCGCAGCGCGCAAACAGCAUCGCGCUCGCGCUCGACGGAGACCACGUCGAGAAGAGCUUCUCCGUUCCCGUGCACGACUUUCUCUCGACCGACGUCAGCAUCUUUGCGGUCGGAGGAUACGCCGAACCGAUCCGCCACGUCGGACAGAUCAUACCCGGUACGGUUUCGUGCUCCAUAGUGUCGCGAAGUUCGUUGGAUCUGAGUAAGCCCCUGUCGUCACGUUUUGUCACCGAUACCUGUCCAAGAAACGAGGACAUGUGUCUCAAACGGCCCUGCGGCUCUGAAGGCAUCUGCAUAGAUGAGUGGGAUUCUCACAGCUGCCAGUGUUCUGAAGGCAUCACGAAACUCAAUUGUACCAAAGCAACGGAAGCAUUCAGUCUGUCAGCAGAUGGAUGGGUAGAGCUCAGCAUGUCUGAUACGUUCAAGCGCAGCAAGCAGAUCUCACAGCAGGUGGCAGCACAUAGCAGGCAGAGGAGGGAAGCAUUGCCUAGUGAACAGACGCUGUUGAUAAAGUUCAGAACACGGGCGAAUGACGGCAUGCUGUUUUAUGCAAAGUCAUCCUCAGAGUAUACGAUACUGCAGCUGUAUCACGGUAGAGUGCGCUACGUGUCUGCCGUGCACGGCGCGAUCGUCACAGAGCUGCUGGUGGAGGCGGGCGACAGCUCGGACGGUCGCUGGCACACGGUGACGCUCGCGCAGCGCGCAAACAGCAUCGCGCUCGCGCUCGACGGAGACCACGUCGAGAAGAGCUUCUCCGUUCCCGUGCACGACUUUCUCUCGACCGACGUCAGCAUCUUUGCGGUCGGAGGAUACGCCGAACCGAUCCGCCACGUCGGACAGAUCAUACCCGGUUUCUCCGGCUGCCUAUCCACGCUGAACAUCAAUGGCGAGAUCCAGCCGCUGACCGGCUCCGGCCACCUCUUUGACGCCGUCACGUACGGCGAGGUCGCCGCCGGCUGCGAGGGUCCGCCCGUCUGCAGCAGCGCCCCCUGCGCCGACGACCACGUCUGCGUCGACGAAUGGCACCGCUACAGCUGCGUGUCGGCGGCCGGCGGCGGCAGCAGCGGCGCCCUGCACGUCGGCGUCGUCGUCGCCAUCAUCUUCUUCAGCCUGCUCUUCGUCGUGCUGCUCGUGACCUUCGUCGUGUUCCGGCGGCGGCGCCACCUGCGAGACAAGAAGGCGGCGGUUGCGACGUACGUGAACGCGUGCGGCGGCGGCGGUGGCGGCGGUGGCGACAGGCGGCGAUCGAGGGCUUGCGCCGGCCCGCGAGCGAGCCGCCCGGGCGGCGGCGGCCUCGCGCUGACGCGGUCGCGCUCAACCGCCACCGCUGCUGUUGCUGUUGUUCGCUGUUCGACGACGAGCUUGGAGCUCGACCGUCGUCGUCUGCGUUCGGCGCAGUCCGGGGGAUGUUCGGGUCUCACCGCCGACGACGUCGACAAGCUGCACAAGACGCGCUCGAGUCUGAGCAGCGCCAUCGACAACGCGUCCAGCUCCAGCACCGGCACAGUGACGCCGCCCGUGAGCCGGAAGACGCCGCUGCCGCCGGCGGUCGCCGCGGGCGAUGUGGCCGAGUCGAGCUCGGACGAGAGCGGCAACGACUCGUUCACGUGCUCGGAGUUUGAGUACGACGGCCCCGCGGCGGACAACCCAGCCGACCGGCUGUCGCGGCUCAUGCAGGAGCGCAAGGCGAAGGACUACGACUCACAUGGCUCGAUGAGUACGAUCGUCGCUUCGGACGACGACUCGUCGCCGCACCGCCCGCCGCAGCCGCAGCCGCCCCCGCGCGCCAACGGCGGCAGUGUGAACCCGCAGGGCGUCAUGUCCUGGGACAACCUCCUCAACUGGGGGCCGAACUUCGAGAGCCUCGUCGGCGUGUUCAAGGACAUCGCAUCGCUGGACGACGGCGCGACGGGCGACGAGCAGCCACUGCAGCAGCAGCUGUCCGGUCCGCCGGUCAGCGAGGAGUACGUGUGAUGUUAGAGCCUCACCCUGACCACGGACGGGUUCACACUGCCGGUGUCUCACUAGAUAAACUAUUGUUAGCUCCGUGAAACGAGUCUGGCUAGCAAUCGAUCAAAACGUGGGUUUUUUAUUACAGUGAACUGUUUUUUUUCUGUGGUUGUUGUCCGUUUGUGGAACGUGUUUGUGGAUUGGAUAAUGGCGGGAACAUAUCUAUACGAUAUAUAUGUGUAUAUAAUAUAUAUAUAGUAUAUAUGUAUGUUCAUGGUAACCGUCACACAGCUGUUUUGUACAAACAUAAGUUUUAAUCGCCCGCCAGUGUACAUAGCUGUGGCAUAUUUUAUUUUUUACAUGUACAUGAGAAUCUUUCAUAGAUAUUGAAUUUUACGUGAAGGUUUGGGCGGGCAGUCGACAUGCAUAACAAUUAUUUUCAUGGGAUCAAGUAACGAUGAUGUUCUACCACAGUUUGUAGAGUAGAAUCAAGAGUACAUAAUAGAGAUCUCUAUUAUGUAAUCCCUAUUAUGUACUCUUGGUAGAAUGUACCUUUUGUAUUAUUUCACUCUACUCGAGUCAAGUGCUUCCAGACCACCGCCAAUUUUAUAGAAAUAUCGUGAGUUUGCCUUAUGUGGCAUUUAUAACGUGUUGAAGAUGUGACACAUUAUUUGAGCUAUAUACAUAUAUAUAUCAGGAGUAAAUAAUCACAAAUCAACAUUUGUGAUUAUUUACUCCUAAAAUAUGUGUAUAUAUUGUUUUGUUGUUUUAUUCGUUAAAUUAUUGCCGGCCAUGUUCUUGCGCAGCUAUAUUUUAAUUAUAUAUGCUAAACACACAUUAGGUGUUCUUUUAACGUGCACUGCCCAACCAACGCUAUCAUACUCAUUAGAUAAGACGGCAAUCGAUUGUGUGUGUACAUCCUUACUGGCAGUGUUAUGCGCAUACUAUAAUGGUAGCCGCUGCAAUCAUGCCGUUAUGUAUUACGCAGAUCAGUGCAUGAUUUCUGCGUGUAAUCUGCAUUUUGCAAGAUUUGUCCAAUCAUUUGUUCUCAUGAUCAAAUUCUGUUGCGUUAUGUGAUGACCAGUUGUCUUGCGUUCCCUCACACCAGUAUUGCAGCGCCAAAAGUAAACAGGGCUUCUUGAAUCUCUGAUGAGGGAAUAUAACGUGCUAAAUGUCGCAUGUGUCGAUCGUGCUGCAACUACCAAUUGUAUAGAUUUUUAAGUUUGUAAAUAUGAAUAUCACAGUCGUAUUAAUUAAUUUUUAAGGUAAACCGUUACCCCGUGUAAUAUAACGUAUUACGCAAUGUAAAAUCAAACAAUUUCUAAAAUAUAAUAAAUUUCGACAAUACUUUUAUAAAUUAAAA